AUGAUAUCGAGGACGUCGCGUCGCCAUACAGGGCUUAAGACUUCCGCAGAGGAAGACAGCAGUGUCACGGGGGAUAUUAUACAAAUUAUCGAGGCUGAAGAUAACCCUGACCUCAAUAUAAAUCACAGCUUCAAGCGGUCUGGAACUCAUAAUCUAGAUCGAAUCGGUUAUCAUGAAGAGAAAUGUCGCAACGUGCUUGUAAGAUACUGCGCACACAUCCCAAGGAACUACCAAUACAAAGACGGAAUUCCACAGAUCUUCUUAGUUUUACGAGAACAUCUUGGUGACGAGAAUCUCGACUUGGCGGGUGGUGUGCUUUACGAACUGAUUGAAGUCGACUGUGAGCAUACUGAUGAUCCGGGGGCCGCAUUUCAAAGGUGGAAACAUGAUCACCUACGCAGAUAUGCUGACCUCGAACUCCCUCACGUCCCACAUAUGACUACUAUUACUUCCUCAAUCAUCCCAACAAAGAAGCUCGCGCAAUGGCGAUCGGAACACCCAGAUAGAUACCCAUUCGUAUUGUCCGACUCAUCUCCUUCAACUGAGGGGGCAUCUAUUGAUCCCAGUUGCAUACGCAAUCGAAAGGCAUGGCUUAUUGAUCACACACUAUACAUCUCUUCACGAAAUGACGGUACUCGCCCACUUAACAGCCCGAACCCCAAGAAGUUCCAUGAGAUGCAAUGGAGCCACGAGUGUGGCGCGCAAGGGAAAUUCAUCGAAGAGCGAGAUGUACCGAUUGCCUCCCUGGAUCGUCCAAGCGGGACAUCACCCCCAGGAGAAUCCCUUCAUCAGCCGCUGUCUCCGCUACCUAUUACUCAGUCUGAAGUUGAACGCGCCUUUUCCAACAACUCUUCUAAGAUGUAUUCUACUCCUCAAGGAGGCCGUAGCGCUGCGGAGCUAGACUUAGGUGUGGCUAGAGCUCGGGUGCUUAGUAGAGAACCUUUUCAUUCGCGAUCGGGAUCACGCUCUUACCGUGACGAGUCCAGCGAUGCUCCCCCUUACUACACCCGCAGCAGAGGAAACAGUGCUUCAUCUAGCAUAUACCAGCAACUAGGCAAUACCGCCUCUCCGGAACGUGGACGCUCACUUCAGAAUAGAUACGAAUUCCAGUCAAGUGAUGCCGAUGAUAUCCUCUCUCCUGUGCUUGAGAGUGCCGGGGGUAACUUCCCCAGCCAUGUCACAACAGUAUCCGAUCUCAUCAAUAUGCGCGAUGAAGAAACUCUUCGAAGAUCUCGAGACAUGUCCCGACACAAGUUUCCACCGAAGCCCGCGGUGUCUACCCCUGCUCGACAGAAAGAGAAACGUCGGCCUAAGCCGCUUGAUCUCACGGAGGCUCAUAGGUAUGGUGCGACGAACGGAAGACAUGCAAACAUCGAGGCCGUCCACAAUCCCAUUCCUUCAUCAGAGAAAGGCCAGAGCUCCGACGAUGAUAGCCCUUCAGUAUACGGAGCUAGUACGCCAUUUCACUUUUACGAAGAGCCCUCAGGGGACCCCUACAAAGCCGGACUGGGAAAGGGUAACAUUCUGAAGGGCUACUCCAACUGGAUGGAGAAGCAACCUACGGAGGAGCGCAAUCAUCCGGUCACGCCUAUUUCGGAUGGCCCGGUAUCUCAAGCUGUUUCUCGAGACCACUCGCCCGAGAAAGGUAGUCUAGGUCUACCUAAAUCUCUCACUGUCAAUGACGUUACUAAGGAAUACGGCGCGCCGCCUUUUUCACCGCUGACGCCGUGGCUUACCAAUGACAAGGUUAAGAAGGUGAAGAAGAAUCUGUUCGGAGAUAAAGGAUGGCUCGAAGAUACCGCCGCGCAAAAGAAACUUGAGCGCCCGAAGACUACGAAUGCGCGUUUCUUUGAUGGCAUGAAGAAGACGGCUCGAAAGAUUGCUGGAAUGGCGGACUUUAGAGUUGGUGCCUCCAGAGUGAGUGUUGCUCGUGAGCUCAAUAUUACACUUGAUCCCCGUGAGCAGAGUCUGCUUUACUGUGAGCUAGAGUUCAUUCUGAGCAACACCCUGAGCGGAUACAUCAACGGCCAACUGCAUCUCGGACGCAUGAACCCGCACAUCCAUGCUAAGAUAGCCGACUCUUGGGCACAGAUGGGUCGUCCAAAGGUGAUUGGGUUCCGCUACGACCUUGAGACCCAAAUCGACAUGAUAUACGCACAUAUCGGCAACUUCCGAUUCCAUGGUCCGCACUAUGCAGACGACCAUAUUGUCAAGGGCCUCCUGUACGGUAUGAAGAUGAACGCGCGCAACAUGCGGAUCCGCACACACUGUCAGCCGGACUCGGUCAUCGCGAAGCACAUUUUGGACUCCCAGGCGCUCAUGCAGCUACUCAACAGCCCUCCCGAGCUACAGACUUCGCUGGCGGAAGUGUGCCAGUUCUUCCGGACUAUUAUCGAGGUCCGCCAAGAGAAACAAGAGAAGGAGGAGGCGGCGAAGUCAUUCGUGGAGUACGCACCUAACUCUGGCUUCAAACAUCGAAGUCACGAUGAUCUAUCCCCUCCCAAGGGCAAACACCUCGGCGAGUACCGCAUCAAAAACCAGAUCAAUGUCCCACCCAGACAGCGCGACUUUAGCGGCCCGAUUCUUGAGCCUAAGGUGUAUAACCCCUCGGAACAGCCGCAUGCAUUGACGAAGUAA